AUGGUAAAUGUGUCCGCUGUCCGCGAAAGCCUUGUGCAGGUCGCGCAGUCAACACGCGUGGCAAUGCGUUGCUUGAACACCGGACGAGACUCGCAUGAUGCAUCGUUCCGUGCGCUAUCGCUACUUACAGACAUACUUGAUCUCCUUUAUCGCAUCAAGGAUGAAAUCAGUUGGGCCGAAGAGAAGUGGUUCGUCGCGGUCGGUCGCCUCCGAGCAUUGAGUGAGCUUCUUUCAUGGUUCGGAAUGACAAUGAAAUCCGUUGAGCUCUACUUUCAACCAGGCGGGGUCAGCCCAUUCUAUUUCCGAAAGCAUCUAUUGGAUAAGACAUACAAUACACGACUGGAGCAGUACAAAAUUAUGUUUCUUUUGUCAAUGCAGCCCGAUUCUGAAGAGCGAGCUUUAUUGGACAAGGAGAUCCGAGAUAGCUUGAAGAUGCAUCGAGAGGUUGACACUGCCAACCUCAAGGUCGGCCUGCAAUUCGAAGACGAUGCUCUCAACCUGACAAGUCGACUCUCUUCAGAACACUACAUUGCACUUGCAGAUCUCUGCAAUAGACGCCAACAGGGGAGUUGUUCAUGGAUAUUUGACAACUCGAGUUUCAAACAGUGGCUAUUUGGAGCUGUCCGAACCUUGUACUGUAUAGGACCUCCUGGAGCCGGCAAAACAUUCUUGUCCUCUGCGAUUAUUGAUUUCCUUCAAAAAACGUUUACCUCGCCUGAUGUUGCCACCGUGUUUGUCUUCUGUCAAGAGGAUGGCGGAAAAGAACGAACAUCAAUCGAUCUUCUAAAAAAUAUCUUGGCACAGCUUGUGUAUCGCAAGCGCAGUCUUUCCUAUGCAACAUCCGCACUUUACCAUUCAGAGUCCUUGAGAAGCGGUAGCGCUUCUCCCAAAGCCUAUCAAAAUGCAAUCCGGGCAGAGGUCAAUCGUUUUUCCAAGGUUCUGUUUGUUAUCGAUGGACUGGAUAUGUUUUCCGAAAAGGAAAGAAUCCUAGGUCGGCUCCAAAAGCUGCCUCAACAGGCUCAACUUCUCGUGACCCUACGAGAAAUGAGCGGUGUAAAGCCACAAGAUAACUCCGGAUACGUGAGCGUCCUUGCGCCUCCGGAGGAUAUUGGCCUCUACACUCUCACUCGUGCACGAGCGGAUAGUAGUCUUCGAAAAAUUCUUGGAGGAGACUCACCGGAUCUGGCACUUGAGGACAAAAUCAUUCAUGCUGUGGUGGACAAGUCUCAUGGGGUAUUCCUCCUUAGCAAGAUUCACCUCGAUCUGCUGUCGCAAUAUACCGAUAGCAGUCUGCUUGAAAGAGCCCUCGUCCAUCUACCCGAAAAUUUAAGCGAGGCAUACGGAGAAGCAAUGAAACAAAUCGUGAGCCUAACUCCACGAGCAACUCGUUACAUUUACUGGGCUCUUUACUCGUUGAGGCCCCUCACAGUUUCCGAGUUGAAGAGCGCAGUCGAUGAGGAGGAUGAGGAGGCAUCUAAGCCUGAGCAAAUGACAUUUGAGCACUCCUUACAAAUACAAACUGCUGGACUUCUCAGCGUUGACGCAGUGAGUGGGAGUGUUCGCUUUGUUCAUCGCACCGCAAAAGAAUAUUUAGAUGGUUCAGCUGCUCGAGUGUUCUUCCCUGGAGCGCAGAAGGAGAUGGCACAGGCCUGCCUCACUGCAAUCAGCCCAGAUGAGAUUGUGGACGAGUGCUACAGUAAUGAUGUUGGCCCCUCUCGUAUACUGAAGAAGGGAUUCCUCAACUAUGCAGCUACCUACUGGGGUCUGCAUGCCCGCGAAGUUGAUGAGGAGGAGCAAACGAUACAAGUGCUGAUCAAAACCUUCCUCAACAAAUUGCUUUGGCGAAGGCCACCUCUUGACUACACCAAAGGAAGGGCCGAUGGCAUGCCGUCAGAGCUUGGAAUUGGAAAAUAUCCGAACGACUGGAGUGGGCUUCAUUUCCUCGCAUUCUUUGGCGUUCCUGGGAAAGCAAAGCGCCUGCUUGAACAAGGAGCGAAAGUCAACGGCCAGGAAAAUGCCCUAGGCGUAACCCCUUUGCACUGUGCUGUGUAUCAAGGUAACGAUGAAAUGGCCGAGUUCCUUCUCAUGAACGGAGCAAACGGUAAUGCGACCACUGCAGACGGACAAACCGCUUUACAUAUUGCAUCCCAGAGGGGGCACCGAAAGUGCAUGAAGCUCUUGUUUUCCAGUCAUGUCGAUUUACAUAUUUUUGAUCACGCUGGUUCCUCGUGUCUUCACUCGGCUGUUGGAACAGCAACUGAUGAGGCUACGGUUCCCCUUUUGGUCAAACACAAGGUGGAUCUGAAUUUCCAGAAUCCAAAGAAUGGAAACACAGCCCUUCAUCUAGCAGUUCAAUGCAGACGACCACGGAUCAUCUUAUUCCUUUUGGAGAAAGGGGCUACCAUUGAUAUUGUCAAUGAUGAGGGACUGACCCCUCUCCAGCUGGCAGCCAACACAGACAAUUGUGAGGCGAUAUCUCUCCUUUUGCAACAUUGUGCUCAUAUUGAGGCUCGAUCACUGGCUGGCCCGACAGCUCUGCAAUACGCGGCAUGGAAAGGGCAUUGGAUUGCCUUUGACCUUCUUCUUAUCGGUGGAGCAGACAUCAACGUGUGGAAUAAGCAGGGGGAAACUCUCCUCCAUGAACAAGCUCGGUAUAGCUCGAAUACCUCCAUCAUGACAAAGAUUUUAGAUCAAGGGGCGAACAUCGAAGCGCGGACGUCUCAAGGUUAUACUCCUCUUCAAUGCGCUGCUAUCAGUGGAAAUAAGACAAUGUUCCACCUUCUACUCGACAGAGGCGCCAAAAUUGAGGUCGAAACAGCAAAAGGUGAGACAAUCCUUCACCUGACCCCGCCUACCAACCAGGAUUGCCUCGACAUAUUGAAGACCGCUCUGGACGAUGGCAUCGACGUGAAGGCCAUAUCCAGCCAAGGCUGGACCCCUCUCCAUCAAACUGUCUAUGCUGGGACAGGGGCUCUUGAUAUUACAUCUGACAGAACUGUUGAUUACAUUCAACUCUUGUUAGCUCAUGGUGCCUCGAUAAAUGAAUAUGCAGUUUCGGGGGCCUUCGAGACUCCACUUCAUCUCGCAGCAAUGGCGCCCAUUCCACGACCCUCUCUUGUCGAUUUCCUCAUUCGGCGUGGCGCAAAGGUGAAUGCCACUACAAGUGAGGGUAAAACUGCCCUUCACCUUGCUGCUGAGCGCGGACGGGAGCCACUGUUCCGCACAUUACUCGAUGCUGGUGCGGAUCUUUCCCUUGAGAUUCCCCCAGACCAGAAAUCCACUGCGAAUGGGGAAAAGGGAGAGAAGAAAGACAACCCAACCACUGCCUUUGAGCUGGCGAAGAAAAAUCCCUUUGGUUCAUUGUGGUUUGAUGAUGAUGGUCAGCUGCGCCCUGUACCUCAAAGAAGCGGGAGAGAUAGCGCAACUACAAUUUUUGAAGACAUGGAUUCGGAUCUCUCUGAGCCCGAGACCGGCGGCUCUUCUACUCUGGUUGGAAGCGAGCAACAGUAUAUAGUGUGUGAAGGGUCAUAA